GUGAUCUCUAUAAAACUUUGAAGUACAGCGGAUCUUAGCUUCAGUUGGGGCCGUGAGUUGAGUCGUUUAGCCAGUUUGUCGUUAACCUGUUCGUAAUCGUUUCCAGUUGAGAGUAAACUAGAAUGGUUUGAUUUCGAAAUACUUCAUUGACUGGCAGAAGUGAAGCUUUUUAUAAAUAUACAUUAUAUUAAGAAAAAUCAACGAGAAAACUAGUGUUUGUGCUUGGUGUCAAUCAAAUUGUAUAUUUCUCCCAGCAAGGGUUUAAUUUGUUUGUGCUAUAGUGCUUAAAUAGUUUUUGUUUUGGAACACGGACUAAACAUGGAAAAAUAUCGGUUGCGAUUACCUGUUGUCGGUUUGAGAUUGUUGAUUCUGUUCGGGCUUAUAUUCGGGCAGAACAGUGCACGCACAUCAAACAAGUUAAAAGUGACCUUGCCACACGGUGGGGUUCUUAUAGGCAGAUACUUGAAUUCUUUCAGUGGCCAUGGAAUUUUAGCCUUCUUGGGUAUUCCGUAUGCAAAACCACCGAUAGGAGAGCUUCGUUUUAAGGCUCCGGUACCGUUUGGAAAAUGGUCUGGUGAACGAAUGGCGAUAGCGGACGCUCCACUUUGUACUCAACGUGAUCCAUAUCGCCGCGAUGAAGCCAUAUCCGGCACUGAAGAUUGCCUACAACUAAACGUUUACGUACCAGAGAGUCCUCGAAGACUGCCAGUUUCUGAUGCUGGUGCUGAGUUCAAAUCUGGAUUACCGGUGAUGGUUUUCUUCCACGGUGGAGGGUGGCAGUGUGGCUCGGGCACACGAUCCUUUUACGGACCCGAUUUUCUGCUGGAACAUGAUGUCAUCUACAUCGGGGCAAACUUCCGACUUGGUCCUCUGGGAUUCCUCAGUACAGAGCAGGAAGACUGCCCUGGUAAUAAUGGACUAAAGGAUCAAAGUUUGGUAUUACGUUGGGUUCGAGACAACAUAGCGGCAUUUGGCGGCAACCCACAUUUAGUAACGGUGUUCGGUGAGAGUGCGGGUGGAGCUAGUGGAACGUAUCAUAUGAUGUCGCCCCUCUCGCAAGGAUUGUUUCAUCGCGUUAUUUCUCAAUCUGGGGUCAAUUUGAAUGCUUGGGCCCAGCCAGCUCAUCCUGGUGUAGCCCGUGCGCGUGCUAUACAGCUUGGCGAGAUGUUUAAUUGCACUCAAGGAUUCCAUGGAAUGUUCAAUGAAAUGCUAGCUUGCUUACGUGAUGUAGCAGCCGAAGAUAUUACCAAAGCGUUUUAUGAUUUUUAUACGUGGGAUACUGAUCCUAUGAUUCCUUUUCCACCUGUCGUGGAACCUAAUUUACCAGGUGCGUUCAUCACGAAACAUCCUCGAGAUGUUUCCGAUCCCCAUGCCUUAGAAUUACCUUGGAUGACGGGUCUAACGCUUGAUGAAGGGGCCUUGAAAAGUGCAUCCCUCAUAAAUGUACCAAGUCUUCGCCAGAGUCUUAAUGAUCAUUGGGAUCAAGCAUUGCCGAUUUCUCUAUACUAUGAUCACCAUGAUUUAAAAAGGCAGCAGAAAAUUACUGAACUUAUCAACAAGUUUUAUUUCAACAAUCAGAAGCUUGUUGAGAAAACGGAGCGGAACCUUACAAAUUUGUUUUCUGAUGCAUGGUUUUUAGCUGGUAUGAAUGAAUAUUUAAAAAUACGGUUGCUAAGUAAAAGAACCAACAGUACAUCUGAGUCCAGUGUUAAAGUGGGCCCGACUUACGUGUAUUUAUUCGCACAGAAAGCCUCAGCAAGCUUCACAGAAAUAUUUGAAGGAGGAUCAGAUAAUUAUUAUGGAGUAUGUCAUGCUGAAGAACUGCAGUACCUGUUUCCAAUAGCAAAGGACCUGUUUGUAACUGCAGUCCCCACUAUGGAAGAGUUGAAAAUUCGACGAAUUAUUACUGAACUAUGGGUGAAUUUUGCCAGAACAGGGAAUCCUACUCCCCCAAAUGCACUGGCUGAUUCUAUUCCGACAUGGCCAAAAGCCGAGGGAUUCCCCUUAAAAUAUUUUCGAAUUGGGAGCAUCGAUCCAUCUGUUGAACCUCUUUUCGCGAUAGAAGUAGGGUUGUUUGAAGAACGAUCGGCGUUUUGGCAUUCGCUUCAAGCACAUGGUGCUCCCGGUUCAUUAAAACACAAUAGUCAUGAUGAGCUGUAAUUUUCACUUAAUUUGCAAUUAAAUAAUUGUUGCACAUGAAAAAUAUAAGUUUUGAAACGCUACAUGAAGAUAUCGAUGUAAAUGAAUGUAAAAAAUAAACAAAAUCUAGCAGAAAUAUCGUGAUUUAUCUUACUACAUUUUGUGCUACC